ACUCCCCGGUCCUUGUGUUUCAGAUGAGCAGCAGGCUGUGAGUGUGAGGACGUCUCAGAGGAUGUGCCCGACCUGUGGGCCYCAGUGCUGAGGAAGCUCUGCAGAGCUGACCGGUGGCCAGCAUGUCUCAGCACCAUCAGUACCAGCGAGGCCCCCACGGCCGCACCAUGAGCACCGAGGAGAGGAGCUUCACGCCAGUGAACAAGACCUCGGUGCCGGUUCAAAAGAGCGCCUCCUCCUCUUCCUCGUCCCAGCGAGACAGCCGACAGGAGGCAGACAGCUGGGAAAUAAUCGAGGGACUGAAAAUUGGUCAGAGCAACGUCCAGAGGCCCGACAAACAUGAAGGUUUUAUGUUGAAGAAAAGGAAAUGGCCCCUGAAAGGAUGGCACAAGCGUUUCUUUGUUCUGGACAAUGGCAUUCUGAAGUACUCCAAGACCCCUAUUGAUAUUCAAAGGGGAAAGCUUCAUGGCAGCAUCGACGUCGGCCUCUCUGUCAUGUCCAUCAAAAAGAGGGCGCGUCGCAUCGACCUGGACACCGAGGAGCAUAUUUAUCAUCUGAAGGUCAAGUCUCAAGACAUCUUUGACGCCUGGGUGUCGAAGCUGCGCCACCACCGACUCUAUCGACAGAAUGAGAUAGUGCGCUCUCCCCGGGAGCCCACGAUGCGAACGUUUCCUCCUCCGGCUGCCAUGGAGACGCCCCAACCCUCCCCAAUUGUAGUAAAUGAAACAAAGCAGGCCAAGUCCAGCAGCUUGCCGUGGCAGCCGGCGGCGCCCAGCAGCAGCAGCAACAGCAGCCUGCAGGCCUCCUACAGCAACGGUCAGAGCAGGGUGGUCGCUUGGCUUCAAGAGUCAGAGGAGAUGGACAAGUGUGCAGAGGAGCUCGCACGCUGCCAGUCUAACUUGACCGAGUUAAGCCGAUUGUUGCAGAGCCUGGAGAUCCUGCAGAGGACCCAGUCAGCGCCCAACUUCACAGAUAUGCAGGCCAAUUGUGUAGAACUGUCAAAGAAAGAAAAGCGCUUGAACAGAAGAUGGAGAACAAAAAGUGUCGGCAAAGAUGCGAAAUUCCAACUGCAGGUUCCUCUGUCAACCAGCAUGUCGMCUGUCCGCCUCCACUCCUCCAAUCCAAACCUGUGUGCUGAACUCGGGGACUACCAGCCCCCAGUUUCUCGCCUGUCAGACAGUGUGGAGUAUGCCAGCGACUACAUUAAACUUCAGGAGGAAUUCUGCACCAUUGCCCAGAAAGUCCACUCUCUCCUGAAGUCGGCCUUCAAUACUGUGGCCAUAGAGAAAGAGAAGAUCAAGCAGGUUCUCUCUGAGCAGGAGCAGUCCGACCAGUCAUCCCAGAUCAUCUCUAUCAGGAAGUCUCUGUCGCUGGCUCUAGCCCAGAACGCGGAGCUCCGAAGCCGCCUCAACCGCAUCCACUCUGAAUCUAUCCUGACAGAACAAGUUGUCAGCGUGAACAUCAUCGCCACGCCUGAUGAGGCCGUGGAGCAGAUGGGGAUCCCUCUGACUCAGCAGGCCUCUAAUGAAAGCCGACUCUCCAUGUCGGAGUCUGUCUCCGAGUUCUUUGAUGCGCAGGAAGUGCUUCUGUCAGCCAGCUCGUCGGAGAACGAGGGCUCAGACGAUGAGUCAUACGUCAGCGACGUCAGCGAUAACAUUUCUGAGGAUAACGCCAGCGUGACCGACAACGUCUCCCGACAAAUGGCCAACGGGGACUUUGCUGGCAGCGCUUUCCGUAACGGGCGGCGCAUCUGCCUGCCGGCUCCCUGCCCGGACACCAGCAACAUCAACCUGUGGAACAUCCUGAGGAACAACAUCGGCAAAGACCUGUCCAAAGUGUCCAUGCCCGUGGAGCUCAACGAGCCGCUCAACACGCUGCAGCGCAUGUGUGAGGAGCUGGAGUACAGUGAGCUGCUGGACAAGGCUGCGGAGACCGAGGAUCCCUUUGAGCGCAUGGUUCUCGUCGCCGCUUUCGCCGUCUCGGGCUACUCCUCCACUUACUACAGAGCAGGAAGUAAGCCAUUCAACCCUCUGCUUGGAGAGACUUACGAAUGUAUCCGGGAAGACAAGGGCUUCUGCUUUUUCUCUGAGCAGGUGAGCCACCACCCUCCCGUCUCCGCCUGCCACUGCGAGUCCAAGAACUUCACCUUCUGGCAAGAUGUGAGAUGGAAAAACAAAUUCUGGGGGAAAUCUAUGGAGAUUUUACCAAUCGGGUCUGUGAAUCUCACAAUUCCCAGGUUUGGAGAUCAUUAUGAAUGGAACAAAGUCACCACCUGUGUGCACAACAUCCUCAGUGGACGGCGGUGGAUCGAACAUUACGGGGAGAUCACCAUCAGAAACACGAAGAGCAGCGCUUGUCUUUGCAAACUUACCUUUGUUAAGGGAAAUUACUGGAGCUCCAACGUAAACGAGGUCCAGGGAUUUGUGAUGGACCAAGAGGGAAAAGUGAUCCACAGGCUUUUUGGGAAAUGGCACGAAGGUCUUUACUGCGGCGUCCCACCGUCUGCCAAAUGCGUCUGGAGGCCAGGCUCCAUGCCGACAGACUACGAGCUGUACUACGGCUUCACCAGAUUCGCCAUCGAACUGAAUGAGCUUUGCCCCGAGCUGAAAGACGCCCUGCCGCGGACAGAUGCUCGAUUCAGGCCCGAUCAAAGAUAUCUGGAGGAAGGAAACGUGGAGAUGGCCACCUCUGAGAAGCAGCGCAUCGAAGACGCCCAGAGAGCCAGGAGGAAGUGGAACGAGGAGAACAACAUCAAACACGAGCCACGCUUCUUUAAAAAAAUGGUGGACGCCAACCACAGGGAGAGGUGGGUCUCCAACAACAUGUACUGGGAGCUCCGCAAAAACCCCGGCUUCAUCAACAUGGAGCCCACCGUCAGCCUGUGGUAGCACACGGAGCUCCGCCUCCAUCGCUGCGGACCAGGAAGCGCUUACCUAUGCACAGCGGGGUGUUGGACAGGAACACCCGGCGACGUCUGUGCGCAUGGACAAGAAGGACUGCGGAGCUGAGAACGACGUCGAGGGGCUGCUACAUGGUCACCCAUCCGUGGAAACAUCCUCAUCCUGCUUGUGGAAGCCGGGUCGCCACUACUACGUAGAUCUCUCCUCAGCUCUUCUGACUUUCCCAGUUUGUCCUUGCCUUAAAAAGACCCCCAUACGAGUCAAAGGAUUAGGCGCCUUUUAGUUGAAGCCAUUUCGUUUCCAGACAGCAGUUUGGCUUAGACUAGUCUAUGGAGUAGACAUUUUGAAUACCUACCGAUAUGUGCAUGCUUAGAGAGCAGCUUUCACCGGCAUAAAGCCGUAUUUACUAUAUCAUCAAAUAUUGUAGAGAAAAAAAAGACGUAUUUUUAUAUAUAUAUAUAUAUAUAAAAAAAAGAAUAUCUUGUGUGAAAGAAUUAUUUGAAUUGGCAGAUUUUUAUUUAUUUUUGCUUUUUAAUACUAAUGAAUCUGUUAGGUGGCAGAAUCUUCUCUGGGGAAUCGACUCGUACUAGAUUAACAGAAACAGUGAAGAGAGAUCACGUUACUAACACGUUUACAGGAGUAAACAAUAUAAAACAUGUACGUUAGCUUUAGAAUAUAAAUAGAAGAGAUGGUGAAUACUUAAAACAUUGUCAUGAUUUAUUAUUUUCCAUGAAAUCAACUCUUCUAAAUUACACAAAACCUCAAAGACUUGCUUAGGGUCAGAAUGUGCUGCAAGAAUACAUUAGAAAUUAGUUUUUCCUGUCUGCAGGUGGCGCCGAUACGUCGCCCCGCAAGAGUAUUAAUUUUCGCAAACUCCUUCGCAUUUUGUCAAGUCACAACCACGAAACCUAAAUGUGUUUUGUUGGGAUUUUAGGCGAUAGUGGAGCAUAGCUGUGAAGUGGAAGGAAAAGGGAACAAGCAUAUGCUUUUGCAAAUAAAAAUCUAAAAUGUGUAAGUUCUUAUUCAGUAACCCUUGCAUGUCUUUUGGGGUCUGUCUCAAACAUCUUUGGACGUCUAGACACUGAAAUAUUUCAAAUCUUGCUUCAGAUUCUCGUUUGGUUAUAGAUCUGGACUUUGACAGGGCCACUCUAAUCCAUGAAUACCCCAGUCUCAAAUCAUUUUCUGCCUUUAGGAAGUUUUCUUUCAUGUCUGCCCUGAAUUUAUCUCCAUCUAUAUUAGAUUACACGCAGGUGUACUUCAUCUGCUAAUAAGGAUGCCUCAUAGUAAAGGGCACUGGAUAUAAAUACAUGUCUCACUUUUCAGAUAUAUAUUUGUAGAAAAGGUAAACGGCGUCUUUAUACUCCUACUUCACACUGUGCUGGUCUAUCACAUACAAUCUCAUUAGAAACCCAUUAAGUUUUGUGGCUGCGAAAAUAUGUGAAGUAAAUUCAAGGGGUGUGAAUAAUUUUGAGAGGCAGUGUAAAUGUUUCGCAGUGUCAGUUUGAGAAAAGAUGAAGCAAAAGUGUGGUAGAGAUUGUGAAGUCAUGCAAAUCACGUUAAUUUCAAUUUUUUUUCACAUUUUUGUUAAUUCCCUUGAUAACAAAUUACCAACCUUUCUAAUGAGUUGUUAAAGCUAUUAUUUUAAAUUUCCGAGGCAGCAGACGAUAUAAAUUAUGAAGCAGCAGCGACACCUGCAGGUUGCCAUGUAAAAGAGCAGCAGGCUAAUUUUUAUUACCUUUUUUUUUUUAACCAGAUUCAUGUCGGAUUCCCCAGAAAACUUACUGCUACGUCUUUUGCUUCUGAAAAAAAAAAAAAAGACAGUUAUAUAAAGUUUGUAUAUUUACUGCAAAACA